AUGAUAACAAAAAUCUCUGGUGGUGUAGUUGCUCCUGACAAAAACAAAGAACCAGGUCUGGAAGUCUCCACUUGGGCUACUAAAGCCAGUGUUUCUCUUCCUGUAACUGCCCCAAAAAUGUCUACUGUUCUCUCUGCUCGCCGUAUUGCAGCUUCUGUUUGUAUGUUUGCUCUUCUCUCUGGUCCUUCAGGUUAUGAAUAUGUUUAUAUUCCAAGAUCAAGACGCCUUAAGCACAAAGAAGUCCGUUCCUCUCUCUGCACUCUUGGUGUGGAUUCUUCUCGACUUUUGGACAUUAACUUCCCAGCCAGAGGUGUCAUUGGCAUCCUUGUUCAUGUCCAGUAUGCUGAUACAUUUAAGGCCAAACUGACAACUGCUUCCGUUGAGAUUUUGGACGCAUUUGAUCCACUUGACCCUGAUAAUGUUGCUGAUCCCAAGUAUGCAUCUCUGUCCACUCAUGAACUUGCCAACACUGCUGCCAUGCUUCACCGUGAUAGAUGUCUCCAAGCCCUACAGUUCUUGCGCCCACACGUUGCUAUCCCAGUUGGUCACUUCUUUUGUGAGGAAGGGUGGAUCAGUGAAGAUGAAAUACCAACACGUACUACUCUUACCAAUGCCACUGCUGGCACCUAUAGGGGCUCUAUGGGUGUUUCUGUUCUCAUAUCACCUCACUGUCCUUAUGCUGUCACUCAAAUACCUAUGCCCUCCAAAUAUGCUCUGGCUGUCAAAAUUGGCUCACUCAGAAUUGUAUGCUUAUAUCUUCCACCAAAUAUGCCCACUCAUGAUGUCCUACAUGUACUCUCUUCCAUUUCUUUAACACAUGAUACCAUUCUUUGUGGUGACUUCAAUGCAAGACUUGGCUCUGUUACUGGUGACUAUGCAUCAAAUUCUCGUGGACUGGCACUAUGUUCUUGGAUAGAAGAGAGAUCUCUAUCAGUUGUAAAUGCAGAUCUUGCACCUUGCAUACCAACAUAUAUUUCUUUCUGCAACAACUAUGAAAUCAGCAGUAUUAUUGACCUCUUUAUAACUAAUAUGCCACUCAUCAAUCCUUCUCUUCAUAUUGCUACUGACUUGUCCCUUGGAUCAGAUCAUCGCCUUUUAUCACUUUCCUUUACCUAUGAUCUACAGCACUCUACCAAUAUGCCACCACCAUUACGCAAGACAUGGAACCUCUCACGCCUCAAUGAACCUGAUGUCCAUGCUCUUUAUGCUCAUAUCUUCACUCAAAACUCAACCUCCAUCCUUUCCACCUUGCAAGAAAUUGUACUGAAUCCGCCACUCACCAAACCUGACAUUGAUGCUAUAACUGAUAAGUUCAAUUCACUCAUUUACAACUCACUAAAUAGCUCAAUUGGACAUCGACCCUCUCACCCCAACCAUUGGAAAUCCUUCUGGAAUGUGGCAUUACAAACAGCAGCAGAUCAUCGUAACCAAUGUUACAAAAAAUGGCGCCUAGCAAUAGGUAUUGACAAAGUUGUUUGGUGGACUAAACACAAGCAUGCACAGGCCGAAUUCCAAUCCCAAGUUCAGCAAGCCAAACGCCAGUCUUGGCAUGUGUUUUGUCAGUCUAUGGAACGUGAUUUCAGCAAAGCAACGUCAAAAAUAAAACAGUUAAAACACUGUAGACAGCCACAACAUACCUUCCAGCAUGACGAUGGACCAGCCGUAGCAGCAGCAACAAUGUGUGACCAUUUGGCAACAGUAUAUAGUGGACAUAUACUUCCAGCAACCCGACCACCAGCACCAACAACGACUUAUAACAGUGUGCCUUUUGCCUCUGAUGACUCUCCAUUUAACUCAUCAAUUGUGGAGGAAUUCAUGCAAUUUAUGCCUAACCGCAAGGCACCAGAGCCUGAUCAUAUCAGAGCUGAAAUGCUAAAACCUAUCAAAUCACUUAUUUCACCUGUUCUUGCUUUACGUUCUGGUACACUUGCUACAAUGGCAACACUAAACUCUGUUGGAGCUUGUCUUUCUGGUUUUUCUCAGCUGCUCAGUUCACAACUGUAUAAAACUUUUGUUCGCUCAAAGUUUGAAUAUGGUUUGGCUAUUUCCACUCUGCUGAAGCAAGAUAUUAAAGUUCUGGAGUCCAUUCAAGAUAAGUGUCUUCGCAGGAUUGUUGGGGGGCAUGCCACGUCCUCUACAAUUGUGUUGAAGCACAUCUGCAAUCUGCCAAGUAUGAAGUUUUGUGCAGAUGUUCUUAUAGCCAAAUUUUGUAUCAGAUCACGCUUUCUGCCUGCCCAGUGCCUUUUGUCUCUUUUACACCGUCAUCAUACCAUCUAUUCUUCACUUGUCUCCCUGGGAAAAACCAACCUUCUGUCACAUCUCCCUCCAACACUCAAACUCCAAAGCCCUAGUGCAGUAAAAAACCAUUUUGAAAGCAUUAGAGAAGCUGGAUUUACAACCUUUCUCCAGUCCAAUACACAAGUUCUCAUUCAAGCAUGCCACCCAGUUCUUGGAGUUGAUCCAAUUUUGUUUCUGCCAGCCUCACGUGUGGAACGUGGCCGUUUGAUUCGUUGGAGAAUGGGAUGGUUGCCAGGCAAACCAAAGGAAUGUCCUUGUGGAUCUGAUCACACCUCACGCCGCCAUUUGUUGAAUUGCCCACUUGUUCCUGCAACACUAUUUGAACAGUUGCCUCAACCUGACCAUGACCAGAUACACAGAAUUGAUUUUGCCAUCACAUCCUUGCCUUUGCCAUCUCAAGAACCACGACCUGUAUACUGGAUACCACUGAUGACUAUUCUCUGGCACAUGGAUGUUAUAUGUAAUCCUGAUGGUGACUAUUCACAUGAGACUGAACAUGGUGCUCUUUGGAUAUAA